UUCCGGUCGGCGGGGCGGGCUUGCUGCUGAAGAGCGCGGAGCUCCCGCCGGCGCCACCGUCUACCGCCAUGCACAGGAAACAUCUCCAAGAGAUCCCAUCCUCCAGCAGCAAUGUUUCCACCAGCUUCAGCUGGGACUGGGACUGGGAGUCCAGCAAGACCUCAGAGUUUCUCUCGGGUAUGGGAGUGUCUGUCCUUAAGAAGGAUAAGCUGGGCAACGAAAACACGCCGCAGGACCUGCUGGUGUCGCCGCCCUGUCCUCCUCAGAAACGACAGAAGGUGAAGGAGAAGGAAAAGGAAAAGGACUUUGUAAUUGUGCGGCGGCCUCGGUUGCUUCGAGAGGCAGAGUCAGGUGUUUCUUGGGAUGCACUUCCAGAUGAAUUGCUUUUAUCAAUCUUUGCCUAUUUGCCCCUAAAUGACUUGCUAAAAGUUUCCCUGAUUUGCAAGAGAUGGCGUCGUCUUUCGUUUGAUGAAUCUCUCUGGCAGACCCUUGAUCUGACUGGUAGAAAUCUGCUACCAGGAGUGAUUGGACAGUUGCUGCCUGCAGGUGUUGUUGUAUUCCGCUGCCCAAGAUCUUGUAUUGGGAAUCCGCUGUUUAAAACAAGAAAACCUCUAAAAGUUCAAUAUAUGGAUUUGUCGAACUGUACAGUGUCUGUUACAGACCUGCAGAGUAUUAUUUGUCUGUGUGAAAAGCUGCAGAACCUCAGCCUGGAGGGUCUAGUACUUUCUGACAACAUCAUCAAGAGCAUUGCUAAGAAUCGCAGUCUGAAGCGACUAAAUCUCUGUGGGUGCUCAGGAUUUUCUGCAGAAGCCUUGAAGCUGAUGUUGAGCAGCUGUUCUAAGCUGGAGGAGCUGAACUUGUCCUGGUGUGACUUCACAGCCACCCAUGUCAAAACAGCAGUCAAUCAUGUUACUUCAAAACUAACCAAGUUAAAUUUAAGUGGAUACAGACAGAAUCUACAAAUAUCAGACGUUAAAACACUGGUGGAGAGAUGUCCUUUUCUGAUCCAUUUAGAUCUAAGUGACAGCGUGAUGUUGAAGCCUGAGUGCUUCCAGUAUUUUCAUCAACUUAACUUUCUACAACAUCUGGGUCUUAGCCGAUGUUACCAGAUAUCACCUGCUGCCUUAGUAGAACUUGGUGAAAUUCCAACUUUAAAGACUCUUCAGGUAUUUGGAAUAGUGACUGAUAGCUCCCUAGAGCUCCUCAAGGAAACGCUUCCUGACAUGAAGAUCAAUUGUUCACACUUUACAAGUAUCGCGAGGCCAACUGUUGGCAGUAAAAAGAACCAUGAGAUUUGGGGUAUCAAAUGCAGACUGACACUGAGAAACCAGAGCGGCGUAUGAUCACGCACAACGCACUGGAUGCAAUGGACACACCGUGCGUAGUGAAGCUCCAUAAGAAGCAGAGUACUGUUAUUAUGAAGUUAUAAACUUAUAGUACUGUUUUUGUAAAAAGCAUUUUAACUUGGUCUUAUGCCUUAAUGUAGUUUCAUACAUUUUUUUACAGUAUUUUUUACUUCAGGUCUUUAGAAAUAUGGUGAUGUGUGUGCAAAUGUAGAAUUUUUCUUCCAAGUCCUCCCUUUUUUUUCUUUUACAGGGGAGCUUUUUUUAAAAAAAGUUAUGAAACAGUAAUUUUAAUUAAACAAUGUCAGCCUGUAGCAACUGCUGCAGGUUCUGAUGCAGCUGUUAUUGCUCUAAUAUAUUCUAAAGGUGCUUCUGGUUAAUUCUUCAACUCCUCAAAUGGCUUGUAGGGGUGCUAGAUGCCUUAUUAUUAAUGCUUAUUCAGGAAUUGUCUUUCUGCACAGUUUGCAGAACUCAAAAGUGAGUACUGGUAUUCAAUCUAUUCAAAUCCUUAAUUGAACAAGAUGUAUAGUGAGAUGAGAAGCUAUUGUUUGUGAGAGGGACAGAGAGGACUGAGUCUGAAUUCAAGCCUGAAAACAGUAAAUAGGGGAAGGGAUGUCUACGCAAAAGCAGCUAAGAGACAGCGCAAUGCUGCACAAGUUAAGAAGCAGUAUAAAGGGGAUACUAAAAAUAGAUGUUACUUUGUGGCCUGCUAAAGAAAAACUUCAAUGUAUUUUGUGGUGUUUGCAAAAUAUAGUCUGAAAAGCCCAGUCAGAAUAAGCAUCUACAAAACUAGAUGCCAAUUAACAUUUGUUUCAUGUUGUGGUGCUAGGUUUUCUGAUUAAAUACUACAGAACCUUAAUGUAGCUUCUCUGAGCUUGACCUCAGAUUAAAACUUCUUAAAGCUGUUCUUGAAAUUCCUUUCUUUCAACUACAACUGAUAAAGUGGCAGAAGUCUUGGAGGAGGUGGCUUCAAACCCAAAAGCUGGUGCUUCAGACCAAACCCAAAAGCUGGUGCUAUUAAGAGAAAUCAAUUUCUCCUUUAUAAUACUUUGUAUUUGUAGUCACUUCUCAUACCUGUAACACCAACCACUGCUGUCUACUGUUGUGGUUUUUUUCAAGUCAUGCCUUUAAAAUAAAUAACUUUGACCUGAGUCUAUCAUCAUGGUCCUUGUUUGUAAGCUUGGAAUGUUGCAGCAGUUGGGAAGCCCUAGGAUAAAACUUGCACCCCGUGUAGCACAUGAUCAUACUGCUGCUGUUCCCAUAAAUGCAGUAAGCAAGCGGGUCCUGAGUUUAUUCAUGGCUGCUUAAGGAUGGGCUGCCACGUUACUGUAGGGCUGCUGCAUAAGUAUAGUGUUGCCCAUCUCAAUCUAAAGAAAAGAUUUUGGGAAUAAAUACCUGGUAGUACAGAACAGAUUGAUUUCUAUGGAAAGAUUGUACCAGUACUAGAAUUUGAUAUUUGACUCUGUAUCGUAUAGCAAAUACAGCAUUAUCUUGUUAAUUUGUUCUAAGUGACUUGGGCUUGUGCCCCUUACAAAGAAGUUAAUGGGCAACAGACCUUGUGACAGUUGGGCGUUGGGUGGGAGGUUGGGGGAUAGUGGAUAUUGUACUGCUUCACAGCUUGCAGGCUGUGUUUAUGCCUUAAAGUACUUCAAGAAGAAAAGUAAAUCUUUGCAGCUCAGCACUGUUGUAAGUUCUUCUCCUUAUGCACAAUAUAUGCUUAUGCAGUUUCUCUUGCAUUUAAUAAAGAUCUAAGGAAUGGC